CAUAUAGAUCUGUCACACGCUUAAACUAACUAGAAAUCCACCAAGCAAGUUUCAGUAUAAAUCAUUGCUAGGCUUGGCAUAUAUAUAUACAAUAUAUAUAUGUAUGUAAGUAAAUAUGUAACAUAUAUGUAUGUGUGCAGGUAAUGCUAUGCAUUUGUAUGUUGACUAUUUAAAAAACACAUCAUAUCUAUACAUACCAACGCGCAUACCUAAAUGUGUACAUUCAUAUACUUGAACAACAAGAAAUGCUGAAAUGACAAAGUCGCACUCACACAUACACCCACACUUGUCACUUGUGAACCUAACUUUGUUGAUUUCUCAUUGUUUGCGCAUUUUUGUAACUUCGUAAUCUCUCAGCAGUCACCGUUGGCAUUGGAUAACAAAACACUGCUUAAAGAGUGUGUGCCGCACAGAGGUGAAACGCUGACUUAGGCACUCGUGAAUGGAUGCUCACUAGAUACAUGCAAUAAUCGGAUGAGUUUUCUCUGAAAAGUAAUCGAAUAUCGAUAACAAGCUUGUAUUAAAGUGAGAGCAAAGCGGAAUGCAUUGAUUAAAAUUUUUUGUAUAGUCCACGCUAUAGAUAUCAAGACUUAGAAGAAUUAAAAUUACCUAGUAUGUUUUAGUUAUUAUUACUUUCUCGAUAAAAAUAAUUUGAAAAUACCGAUUGAAAGUGGUAAAAUACAUCCUUGAUAAAAUCAGUACCAGCAGCAAGAUUACAAAAACAACAACAAGUCAACAAUAGUAUCUCUUUGAUAACUUUUCUAUUCGAUAAAUCUUCCGCAACCAAAAAUGACGUGAUUAUGGCAACUUUCUUCUAAAAAACACUUAAAUUUUUCAGAAAAUGGAAAGUUGUUCAUCGAAGAAUUAAUAUUUUUAAGGAACAUACGACAUAUAAUUUUUUUUAAACAAAGAUAUACUAAGAUUUUUUGAUUUCGUAUACAUAUAUGUAUAUGACUACUAUACAUAUGAGUAAACCUCAUUUGUACUUCUAUCAAUCUUCGAUUUCUUUCAGCUCAAAUUCAAUGCUACAUUUUGUUUGAAUUUUUACAAAUUUCUUUAACCGAAAUUAUACUGUUAAUCAAUCCGCCUUCAAUCAAUCAAUCACUCAACCUUCAAUUUCUUGAAUUUGUAUUUUCUCGCACUCAAUUAAUGUCAUUAAUUCCUUAACAUAUAUAAUUUCAAUUUUUAUUUUUUAUUUUGCUUAUAAUCGAUAAUAUUUAUAUAUCGAUAAUACAUUGAAAUAAUUAUCGUGUAUCGAUAAUAACGCACUGUGUUCACAUCAUUAUGCUUCACUGAAAUUCAUCUUAAAUUAACCAUUUGCUCAACAAAGAUGUGUGCACCCGAUAUAAGAGACACUUUGAAAAUGAUCAACAGAGCAUAACGGAAUGCGACAAUAGAUAACCUACACUAAGAUUUCUUACAGAAUGAUAUUAGUAGUUAUUAAUUUUUUGAAAAUUUUUGGUACCACAAAUUCAUUUUAAUGGGAACGUAUCCCCCGUUUAAUAUUAAAAAAACCUAGCGAACUGACAAUAAGAUUCAAAAAAGACCGAUGUCAGUUUGGUGCCAAUAUGGUGUAGUGUUUAGAGGUGUGUACUAAUAAAAAUCAAGAAAUUGAUUUUAAUUUCAAAUUAUCUUACAAAUGCUUUUUUAGUAGCGACUGGAUUCGGCAGACAAAGUUGAUACUCUGUUUAGAAAAACUUUCAAAAAAAAAACAAACGUUAGUUUUUUUAAAAAGGUCUUCAAAUUUUCUGAAAGUUCUGCUUAUCUGACAACAAUAAGGUUUAAAAAGAAAGUAGUAAGAGAAGCUAAGCCAGUAAUUCUAUCAAAUGGGCCAUAAAAAUCGUUGAAAGCUAUAUUUAUCACACAACUUAAGGCUUGGGAAGCAUGUAGGAAGAGUAACUCGGGCAGUAAUUAAUUAUAUUCACAAAUAGGUUACUACGAGUAUCCAGUUAUUUUUCCCUUUGGAACCUUUCGGAACUUUACCUCAUAUAUAAACAUUAAUAUAGGCUUUCCGAUUAUAUAGAAGAAUAAUAAAAUGAAAUACUCAUACAUUAUUUAUGGCAAAAGAUAAUAAGUCAAUUAGUAAAAAUUAUUUUUUAUUUUUAUUUUUUGUCUGAAACGGGCUAGCGAUUGUUAGUAUCUGAAUAGCUGUGUAAUAAAUUAAAUAUACCGUUUUCUAAGACACUUUAGAUUCAAGUAAGAAACAUAUAUUAUUUUCUACCAUCCAAACUUAGCUAUAUUUUCUUCAUUUGCCCUGUGCCAUAUCUUUACAGUGUAGUCACAAUUUCAACAUGUCAAUAGCACCGCCAUAUCAACAUGCACUCAGCGCCGCAUAGCUCGAUCAAGUGGUUUCCCGAACCCAUUUGAUUUGUUAUCCUUUGUUUAGCAGCAACGAGAUUACAAAUUCAAGUGAAAUUGAUAUGAGAAACACAAACAAAACGUGAUGAGAAAAAAUAAUGGACCCAGUAAUAUGAGCGUGCCUACGAACCUCUACAGCUAACUACCAACUUACCUGUGCGAUGCGUUUGGUAGUUUUUGUGUCCUUUUCUCUUCAUUUCUUUCGCUUUAAAGAAGUUUGUAAAUAAAUAUGAAAAUAAGAAAACAAAAACACGCCACACCACUUCACUACUCAGUUUCGUACUCUUUGCAAAAAAAAAAAAUAAAUAACAAUUAACGCUCUCUUACACGUCGAAAGAGCGACUUGUUUAGCGUAGUUAACAGUUUGUUUGUACACACGCUUGAACAGUUUAUCUCUGAUCCUUAAAGCGAAUACAACGUGUGGAAACGCGAUAAGUAACGUAACGCCGUAAAUAAUUUCAUCGUCGUUGCAUUGAAUUCGAAGAGUCUUCUUAUCAUAUGCAACAUGUAUAAACAGCAAGCGACGCCAUUGCCAGCUGCUACACAAUUUCUCAUCAUCGGCGUUUUACUGGCGUUCAGCUGUCAGUUGCUCACCACUGCUAAUGACGUCACGCGUGACGGCUGCAACGAGUUCGUUUGCGGUUCCAUCGUCUCCAAAUGCCUUUUAACGCAGAGUUGUCAGUGUAAAUUAAGCAACGCGACUUGUCUGCAGGAAUGUCUCAACUGUCUGGGCGAUUUGUAUACGGAGUGCUGCAGCUGCUUGGAUAUGUGUCCGAAGAUCACGGAUGCACUUGACGCGGCGGCGCCACGUUCACAGUAUGGCGAAUUUGAAGGCCUACCCGAACUAUUCGAGACGCUGACCGAAGAUGAUGAUAACUGGACGGUGAUGCGCUUCGCCAUGCGCUCCAGUUCGCGGCGACAUUACGGCGCCGGUUUCGGUGUUAGCCUUGUGGGUGCCGGGAGCGAUGGUGAUGCUAUUGAUCGCCAAGCGUCACUGCAAAAGCUACAAUCAACAGCUACAUCGGCGGCGGCGCAACUCAAUUGCACGGUGAUCUAUCUGAACGAGUGCAAAACGUUUCACAAGUGUGCGCAAGAUUGUGAAAAUAUGGGCGCGAAUAGCUAUCGUUGGUUCCACGAUGGCUGCUGUGAAUGUGUGGGCGCCAAUUGCCUUAGUUAUGGUAUCAACGAGAGUCGUUGCUCGGCGUGUCCGGAAGAUGAGGAGAAUGCUGCAGCUGGUGAGGAUUAUGACGACGAAUCGACGUGGACCUAUGGCGAGGAAGAGAAUAACUAUAAUUAAUUUAUUGCGCGUUGCGUAUAGACGGAGAAGUGGUGAAAGAGAGAGAAGUUGACAUGUAAUGAAAAGUGUUUGUUACUCGAUUUAGUGAACUCAGUCAGCCUGUCGCCAGUGAUAAGCUAUAGUUAGCUACACACAUAUACAUAUAUAUAUAUUUGUAUUUGUGUAUAUUAACACAGCGUUUUUUCUUUGGUGUUGGCAAGUCAAGUGUUGUGGGGCUAAUUUGUAUACCGAAGUAAAGGUUUCUUACUUCAUUUAGUCUUUAGUGUUUUUAAUAUUAAAUAAAUUAUGAAAAUGUGUACGCGCAUGUAAAUGUAUGUGUAUUAGUGUCAUUGUUAUUUUUCGCCAAAAUUUUUGUACUCAUAAAAAAUAAAUUAGUCUUAAAAUAUUAAAGAGAA